GCAGUCAUAUGAUUGAUCGAUGCGCGUUUCAGUUUGUCACGCCUGCAUUUUUCUAUUUGUUAUGUAUAAAUUAUUCUGUUAAGUAUCUAUUUGAUAUUUCACCUGAUAAAUUUGAGCUUGAAUUUCAGUUGUCACCAAAAAUGGGUAACAGGUCAAGUCUUCUUUUACGCGAAGAUGAAAUAGCGCAGAUACAAAAUGCUACUGGUUUCACACCAAAUCAAAUCGAACGUUUGUACAGCCGCUUUACAAGUCUGGAUCGCGGAGACUGUGGAACACUUAGUCGAGAAGAUUUUCUCAGAAUCCCGGAAUUGGCGAUAAAUCCUCUUGGUGAAAGGAUAGUAAAUGCUUUUUUUGAAGAAAGUGGGAAUGACAGAGUGAAUUUCCUACAGUUUAUGCAAGUCCUGGCUCAUUUUAGACCUAUCAAAAAAAACAGUCCCAAUCGAUUGAAUUCUAGGCAGCAAAAGUUAAAAUUUGCAUUCAAAAUGUAUGAUUUGGAUAACGAUGAUCUGAUAUCAAAAGAUGAACUACUUGCUAUUUUACAUAUGAUGGUUGGUGCAAAUAUUAGUGAAGAACAGCUAACCAGCAUUGCGGAACGGACCAUAGUCGAGGCUGAUGAAAACGGUGAUGGUAUGAUAUCAUUUGAAGAAUUUUGUAAGGCAUUAGAGCGUACAGAUGUUGAGCAGAAAAUGUCAAUAAGAUUUCUCAGUUAAAUUGAUUAUGGAUUUAUGUAAAAAAUUUAUAUAGAAACUGUAAUAUAGAAUUUUAUAGAAGAGUAGAUGUUCGGGAAAAAAUUAGUCAUAAAUUUUUAUAAUUGUGCAAUAUACAAACAACUUUAACUAAUCUUAUAAUCAGUAAAUAAGAAAAGGUACUUAUGAUUGAGAGAUUGAAAGAGAUUUAUAUAAAAUAUAUAAUAUAAAUUUUGGAUUUUG